ACAUUUUCUGAAUUAACCACUAUAUAUUUAUAUUGUAAAUAAUGUAUUUUUCAUUUCAAUUGUACCUCUCCAUUCGACCGGUUUUGCUUUUCAUAUAAACAUUUCGAGCAGGCGUCUACCACCGGCGCAUAAACUACCACCGUGCGUCACUGUGCUUCGCGGUCGAGGUGAAGUGCGCCAUUUUGGCUCAAACAAAGUCAGAAACAUUGUAUCUUCGAUAAAGUCUUUUUAAUUGUGUCCCUAAAAUACAAUGUGCACGCUCUCGGGACACCGCGCUGGUUUCCACGAGACAACACGUAGCUUUAAUGCUAAUGUGACUUGUUUUUCACGCGGCGUAAGAGACGUUUGUCAGCUUAAAAAGUAACGUAAAUGUUUUGUGAAUAAUAAAAAUAAUAACAACGCCUAGCUGAGCUGCGUUACCAGCCGAGCUAUCUUGACGGUUAAGCUAGAUUUCGCUGCUCGUCCUAACCGCCGCGAUGGGCGGCUGCUCCGCUCCAAACUGCUCCAAUUCGACCAGCAUCGGAAAACAGCUGUUCAGGUUCCCCAAAGACCCGGUGCGCAAGAAGAAAUGGGUGGUGAACUGUCGCCGUGACUUUGAGCCGACUCCUCACUCCAGACUGUGUCAGGACCAUUUCGAGCAGAGCCAGUUUGAGGAGAUAGCGAGGUCUCCGGCUGGGGGAAAGAAGUUAAAGCCCAACGCCAUCCCCACUCUGUUCACCAUCGGAGACCCUCCUUACCCGGCGGUCACCAUCCCGUACAUCCUGCUGCCCAUGAAACCCGAACCAGUGGAGAAGGAGCUGAACUUCGGGGACCAUGGCUAUGCCAGACGCACCCCUCUGCCCGGCCUGGAGGAGGAGGAGGAUGCCGACGGGACCGCGGAGGACCAGCAGCACUGCACACAGUGUCAUCUCCUCAAGAAGCAGCUGGAGCAGGAGAUGCAGCACACGGCGAGGCUGCAGAAGGAGGCCGAGGAGAUGAAGAAGCGCCUGUACCGGCUGGACCGGAUCGAGAAGGGUCUCCAGAACUUUCUGUACGAGGACCAGAUUCGCGCCUUGUCCCUCACCAAACGCUCCCGGCGUGCCGUCUGGUCUCCGGAGACGAUCCUGAAGGCCCGGAAGAUCCGCUGCGCGGUCGGCACCAAAGGCUACGAGUACCUGAGGGAGCUGGGGUACCCGCUGCCCUCCUACAGGACCCUGUGCAACCGGCUGGAGACAAAGAUCAUGGUGACGACUGACAUGAGCUGCGAGGAGCUGGCCGAGCUGAGCCUGGGCCUCAUGGCCACCUGUAACAGCCCCGCUGACGUCGCCGUAUUGGACGAAGAGGAAGAGGAAGAGGAGAAGGAACUCAGAGGAGUGUUGUCCUGAGCCUUCCACUUGCUGACUUUAACUCAUUUGAUCCCGUGAUCUGUGCCACUUCAGACACAGGUGACUGUGGCUCAGUGGUCGGGCAGGGUCGUCCUUCAAUCAGAGGAUCGGCGGUUCGAUCCCCGGCUCCGCUAGUCCAUGUGGAUGUGUCCUCGGGCAAGACGCUUAACCCCAAAACUGCAAAGUAGCUACGGUGUUUGAAUGUUAGUUACUCCUGAUGGGCAGGUGGCACCUUGCAUGGUAUGCCCCUCCCAUCAGUGUGUGAACGGGUGAAUGAUGUCAUGUAGUGUUAAAGUGCUGAAGACGAGAGAAGCGCUUUAAGUACAGGUCCAUUUACAUGGCUUCGCUCAACUUGUCCGAGGUGCCGGGCCCCUCUGCAUGUCAGCCAGGCAGCGUGGUCGCGGUGUCACCGGGACAAAGCUGCUGAGCUACAGUGAGACGAGGGUUGUGACCAAGAAGGCCGCCAUGAAGCGAGGAGGACAUCGUUUACACAACGCCGGUUGACUUGUCUCUAGCUCAUUAAACGUGUUUUAAAGUGACGGUGUUUACAUGCACAAUAAAACUGAUAGUAUUCGGGGUACUGAGGUGUGUGUGUGUGUGUGUGUGUGUGUGUGUGUGUGUGUGUGUGUGUGUGUGUGUGUGUGUGUGUGUGUGUGUGUGUGUGUGUGUGUGUGUGUGUGUGUGUGUGUGUGUGUGUGUGUGUGUGUGUGUGUGUGUGUGAUCACAAGGGGACAGGUAGUGGAGGGACGCUAUGUUCCCACUCGAGUACAGCGGCCACCUGACAAAAUGGCAAAUGGAAACUACAGCUCCCAGACUGCCUCACCACUCACCCAGCUGCAGGUGCUUAGGACAGCUAAUUGAGGCAGGGCUGGGAAGCUUCAGAGGAGACAGAGGGGAGAGCAGAGGAGGGAAGGAGCUGGACAAGCCAGGAGUGGAAGGGCCUCCAGGACGAAGACAAGCCCAAGAGGAAGAACCAGAGGAGGACUUUGUUAAGCGGACUUUGCUUAAGAUAAGUUUUUUGUUUGAGGAACCUUUUUCUCCCCCUGGGUGCUUUUUGUUGAGACAUGGACUAUUUCUUGAUUUAUUUUAUUUUUAUGAAUAAACCUUCCCGUUCAUUUUAAA